CCCGAAAGGACGACUCGGGUUAGGUUGAUUGACUGGCUCGGCUGCAUUUAAUGCCAGUGUGUGCGCGGAGCCUGCAGCUUGUGUGCCAGGGCUGAAAGUUCAAAUCUCUUUCAAUGCAGACAAUUUAGAUAAAACACUAACUCCGGAGAUGACCGUGUGGAAUCUGCAUUGAAAGUGUGCCUACGCGCGUGUGAUAAACAUCAAGAUCUUAAAAAAUAAAUAAAUAGGGAAGUGGAUUUAUAUGUAUAUAGCCUAGCUUUAUUUCAAAUUUGAACAAUAAUAAAAAUGCCUGCGAUGCUAGAAGUCUCCGGGAAACGAAGAGCACGGAACGCCGCAUCCAACAGCACUAAUAAAAGUUUUGCGGCGAACGGGAGCAGCAGCCACUCGUGGGAGGAAGGGAGCUGCGGCUCUUGCUCCAGCGAUGAGGAGCACGGUGGCGGAGGAAUGCGGGUCGGAGCUCAGUACCAAGCCGUGGUCCCAGAUUACGACGCCGAACUUGCAAAGAGCUGCCAGGAGAGGGAGAACUUUGGCAUGCUGGUCUGGUCUCCGAAUCGGACUGUCUCAGAGGCGAAGCUGGAUGAAUAUAUUGCGAUUGCCAAAGAGAAGCAUGGCUACAACAUGGAGCAGGCCCUGGGAAUGCUCUUCUGGCACAAGCACAACAUUGAGAAGUCCCUGGCCGACCUGCCCAACUUCACCCCCUUCCCAGACGAGUGGACCGUGGAGGACAAGGUGCUCUUCGAGCAGGGCUUCAGCUUUCAUGGGAAGACCUUUCACAGGAUCCAGCAGAUGCUGCCUGAUAAAUCCAUCGCCAGUCUUGUCAAAUUCUACUACUCCUGGAAAAAGACCCGGACCAAGACCAGCGUGAUGGACCGCCACGCACGCAAACAGAAACGGGACCGUGAAGAGAGUGAUGAAGAAAUGGAAGAAAACGUGAAUAACUCGAGUGAUGCUGUGAUUGAUGCAAACAAGGAAGACAAAAAAGAGGUAGUCUUUAAGGAUCAGUGUUCAAGCCACAGUAUCAGAUUCCUGCACUUGAAAUGCUUAUUUUCAGCCAACAAGAGCGCUGCUGGUCAGGAGAAGCAAGAAACCAAGCCAGUGGUCAUUAAUAAGGUAUUAAAGCAGGGUGCCACGGCUGACAAGACUGCCCACGUGAAGAGAGAGCCCCAGACGACCCCAGGCAAGCACCAGCACAGAGCCAAGAAGAAGCCCCCGAAAGGGAUGCAUCUCUGCCAGGCUGACGUCCAGGCCAUGUCUGCCAGCUCCACAUCUGCUGUGAAUGUGCUCCGGCAGCUGGACAUGGAGCUGGUUUCAAUAAAGCGACAGAUCCAGAGUAUUAAACAGACAAACAGUGUUCUUAAAGAGAAGUUGGAGGAUGGACUGGAUAAGUGCAGACUGCCUGAGUUCUCCUCUCUCUUUCAGGUUACUCAGAAGUUCAACGCUCGUUGGACGACCGAGGAGCAGCUCCUGGCUGUGCAAGCAAUUCGAAAGUAUGGGCGUGACUUCCAGGCUAUAUCGGACGUGAUUGGGAACAAGUCUGUGGUGCAGGUGAAGAACUUCUUUGUGAAUUACCGACGGCGCUUCAACCUGGACGAGGUGCUGCAGGAGUGGGAGGCAGAGCAUGGAGACAAGCAGAGCAGCAAGAGGGAGCCCUCCCCUGACCGCACCGGAGCCAAGAUAUCAGAGGAGGAGGAGGAGGAGGAGGAGGAGGACCAAGAUGAGGUGGAGGUUUCACCCGUCCUUGAUGUCAGAGACCCAUCCGCAUCAUGAAGUCGGUGAAGGGGGUGUUAAUACAAGCAAUUCUGAUCAUCUUGUUUUCUCAGCUGCUGUAUGAAUCUAUGCAGUCUCAGUACAGUAGCACCAAAUCUACCCAGCCAGCCAUCUCCACAGGACUUGAAGCUGUCACCAAAAAACAAAACCAGCACGAAACUGCAGCGCCCUCCCUGCAGCACCCCUGCCUCGCUCUGCUUCACUUGUUAGGACUGCUUUCACUUUCUUGCUGAAAGCCCUGAGGAGCCUUUGUAGCACCCUCUUCCCUACACACACCCAGGGAAUUCUUCUACUUGCACAGCCUCGACUGGACCCGAACAGAGCCGGGACCGCGUAGUUAACUGAGCUUUCCAUCGCAAUCGCUGACACGAGGGGCCAGCUGGGGGUGAGGAGGGGCCCCUCAUUGCAGGAUCUCAUUAGAGGAGAAAGGGAAACAUGGUAAAACCCCAGGGACUUGGCAUGUUAUUGUAAGUAACCCACAGGUGCAGUCUGAAUGGGACGGGUGCUGUCACUGCUUUAGCAGUGACACUCAUGCAGUGGUGGCAGUACAACAGCAUGGCUCUGGAUCUGAGAGUAGUUUGUUUAGAUUGCACUGUACUUUAUUAUAACGCUUAUAUUUACAGUUUUCAUAGAUAGAAAUCAUUGGUGAGCGUGAGCCUGUUCCUGGAACCCAGUCCAAUCCCAGGGCUUCUCACUCAGUAGGCAAUGUAGCCACUUUGUUUAUAACAAAUCUGUUACUGACUGAAGUACAACAGCUGACACGCCCCUGUGUAAAAUUGAGCAGGUCUUUAUGUAGCCCCUAUAUCUAUAUCCUGUGUGUGUGUAAGCCUCGUGUAAUAUUGGUGGUGGAGAGCUUUUCAUAGUCAUGGAGUCUGUUGUACUGUCCUGCUGUACAUUCUAGCAACUGGGAGGUGUUUACAGCAAUGGACAAAAGUUUUGUAUCGCCUACAGUUUUAGGGUUGAGACAUUAAUAAUUAAAAAAAAAAAACAACAACUUUAUGAACACAAUUUAGAUCUUUUAAUUUAACAUCAUGUAAUCCAGGAAACUACAAGAUGAGAUUGCAAGUGUCUACCGGAAGCCAUCAGAGUAGUACAGUGUUUCAUGUUGGAUUUUGAAAUGUUUUUCAUUUUUGUCAAUUCAAUUAUAUGUGAAAACUACAAAGUGGUGUGUAAUUCAAUAUGUUAACAGAACUUCAUUCCACCUUGUGAAGCAGAAUGUGUUCAUUCUAUAGGGUGAUGCUAGGUGUUUGGCCCUAGCUGUACACUCACACUCCUGCCUCAGUCUGCUCACAGUUUUCUCUUUGAUUCUUUUUUUAAAUUGUGUGUGUGAUCAUUUUGAAUCUGGUCGGUUCCAUGCUGGUUCCACUCCGCAGACAGACUGCUGCUUGAUCUCUGGCUGUCGCUGGAACAGUAAUGACACGACUCCACGUAUUUUAGGUUGAUUCUGUUUUAUUAAAUAAUGUGAAUGCUAUAAUUGUAUAAUGUUGGAAAGGGGGAUUUUUGUUUUUUUCAAGCAUUCUGUAAUUUAUUGUGUGCAUAAAUAUGAUGUGUAAUCAAACCCUAGUUCAAAGUAUACCUAGUCCAAUUGAAUUGGGGGGCCAAUUAGUAGCCUCUUAUUGUCUUUUUAUACUUUUUCAUUGAAGUCGCAGUUGUGUGUACAGUGGUUUCAAUUUAAGCUCUUCAUUAUUACUUGAAAGUUGGCAUUAAAUGUUCUGAAACCCGGA